CGGCUGAGCACAUUAUGCGCAUGUCCCACAACUGAAUCUCUCACAUGUACAUGCCCAAUUUCGUUGCACUGGAUACAGGAAUUGUGCAAGCGGAUUUUCGAGUCAAAUUCCCGGAAUAAUCCAAUCCAAUGAUGCACACAUUCGAGAACACCUUCAUCCGGGGACCCUCGCCGUCCUACUCCGACGAUGCCAACUCGGAGAACGCGCUGUCCGUGACCCUGCCCAUCGGAGCAGCCGUUCCGGACUUGGACUUCUGUCGCGACGACUCUAAGACGGAUACGGGGGACUACUUCGACGAGAAGUACAACAGCGACAGCUGCUCCCGCCUGCAUCCCGGUCACCAGGGACGCAACACGUUCGCCUUCUGGACCAUUGUGGUACUGCUUCUGGUGCUGACCGUGGGCAAUCUCAUCCUGACGCUCACCAUUGUGGGUGUGCUUCGCUUGGGCAAAGGUGUCCAGGGCAUGGAGGUGAUUCCCGAGGUGGAUGUGGUCAAGUUCUACGGCUCCACGGACUUGGAGCGGGUGCAGACCAGCUCGUUUGGCCAGAUUCACGGCUUCUCGGAUGUCCCGGUGACCAUCAGCAGUGAUGCUGGCGACGGGGAAGGCGGCGUCCACGUGCGCGUCUUCCGGAAUGGCAAUGGAGCCGCUAACGAGCGCGAUAGGAUUGUCCUAAACCGGGAGGGCAUCCUCGUGCAGGCCACCAAUUUGUUCGAGGUCAAGGACCCGGUCGACAAGCAGCCCAUUUUCACCACCCACCGUCCGCAGUACAACAUUCCGGGCGGAGUAGAGGCCUUGCAGGCCAAGGUGGUCAGUGCCAGCGGCGUCGUGAGUCCCAUCGACGAGUCUCUGGUGCUGGAAAGCGACGGACGCAUGGCCAUUAGGGGAUCCGAGGGCGUGUACUUCGAUGGAGCCAGCGUUGAUGUACAGGCCGAGCACCACGUCCUAAUAAACUCCACGCAGGGCGCCACCAUUCUGGAGGCGGGCACGGGUAUCUUUCUGGACAUGGACCGCAUUCCCAUCGUCAGCUCCGAGCUGGGACUCCGCACGGGCAGUGUUCAGUAUAAGAUUUGCGCUUGCAUGCCGCAUGGAACACUCUUCCGGAUCGCCAUACCAAGGGUGCACAACGGACCCAAGAUCACCUGCGCCCACUUCAGCGGCAAGGACGAUCCCUGUGAGGUGAACUAAGUGCGCUCAGAAAUAAAGAGAAUAGUUACGAUUAUCGUAUCCCUAAAACAAA